CCCUUCAGCAGAUCAGCCUCUUGUUUCCGAGCGCACCGCAUCUCUGGGAAUUUGGUUUUAAUUCAGUGAAUAAAAUCUAAAUUCUUCGCUUUUUACGCGACGGUCGGUUUAUUCUAACACUUAUUUUUUUGUUGUUUAAUACUUGAACUGUUUUACCUGAUAGUCAGAUCAGAUACUGUCUGUUACCGGGCCUAUCCAUUCAUUUUCCAUUCUGAUCAUAUUUAACUUAAACACUCUCGAGGAUCAGUAGAUUUUUGUUGAAGAAAUCGUCCGGACAUUUGCUGCGUCUUUUUCCCACUGGAAGGAUUUUACAGGCCUCCUGCCUCAUCUUUGAAAGUUUACAGUAUGACACAGCCCGCUGCCAAAACUGAGAUGGACUAUUUGAACAGAUAUCGUGAGGACGACAACAGCAGCUCCAACAGCAAUGAGUGCUCUUACCAAGACUGCUCAAAGAAGGUUCCUCUGGGCGGCCAAUGCUCUGAUUUAGAUGCGGAGAGUCAGAAAUUCCUCCCUGAGCACAACCUGGGAAAGAAGAAGUAUGAGACUGAAUAUCACCAGGGCAAUGCUUCCUUCGGCAUGUCCGUCUUCAACCUGGGCAACGCCAUUAUGGGCAGUGGCAUCCUGGGUCUGUCCUACGCUAUGGCCAACACUGGCAUCGCCCUCUUUGUGAUUCUCCUCGUGGCUGUUGCCAUCUUCUCACUGUAUUCUGUCCACUUGCUGCUGAAGACGGCCAAUGAAGGAGGUGCACUGGUGUACGAGCAGCUGGGUUACAAAGCCUUUGGCUGGCCUGGGAAACUGGCUGCUUCCUUCUCCAUCACCAUGCAGAACAUUGGAGCCAUGUCAAGCUACCUCUACAUCAUCAAAUAUGAGCUGCCUAUUGUGAUUCAGUCCUUUCUGGGAACCAAGGCUGAUGAAUGGUACACUAAUGGAGACUACCUGGUGCUGCUGGUGACGCUUGUCAUUAUCCUGCCCCUCUCACUACUCAGGAACUUGGGUUACCUUGGUUACACCAGUGGUCUGUCCCUGCUCUGCAUGGUGUUUUUCCUGAUUGUGGUAAUCAUCAAGAAGUUCCAGAUCCCGUGCCCUCUCCCUGAGGAUGUCAGCGCUCUGAAUGAAACCAUAAGCAAAAUGCUGAACGCCACCUUGUCCCACCCAAACACCACCGCUGUGGACUACAGUGAGGACGCCUGCACACCAAAAUACUUUGUCUUCAACUCACAGACUGUCUAUGCUGUUCCCAUCCUGACCUUCGCCUUUGUGUGCCACCCGGCCAUCCUGCCGAUGUACGAGGAGCUCAAAGACCGUUCCCGUGGAAAGAUGCAGGGCGUUGCCAACGUGUCCUUCCUGGCCAUGUUCAUCAUGUACCUGUUGGCUGCCCUCUUCGGAUAUCUGACCUUCAACUCACACGUGGAGCCUGAGCUGCUGCACACCUACUCCCGAUUCUCAGGCUUCGAUGUGAUCCUGCUGAUCGUCCGUCUGGCUGUGCUGACCGCCGUCACCCUCACCGUCCCUGUGGUGCUCUUCCCUAUUCGUACCUCCAUCAACCACCACCUGUCCGCCUCCAAGGAGUUCAGCUGGAUCCGCCACACCAUCAUCACCGUGUGCCUGCUCGCUGGAACCAACGCCCUGGUGAUCCUGGUCCCCACCAUCAGGGACAUCUUUGGCUUCAUUGGUGCCUCUGCUGCUGCCAUGCUCAUCUUCAUCCUGCCCUCGGCUUUCUACAUCAAACUGGUCAAGAAAGAGUCCAUGAAGUCUGUGCAAAAGAUCGGGGCCACCGCCUUCCUCCUGUGCGGCCUCCUGGUCAUGUGCGGCAGCAUGACCCUCAUCGUGCUGGACUGGAUCCACAACGCCAGCCAAGACACACAAGCCAACGGACACUAAAGCUCCACCUCUCCUGUUGCAGCCUGCCAGAGGAGAGAGGACGCUUCCAGCGCUGGACUGCAAUGACCACGCAACCAACCAAGAUCAAAACCUGUUGUAAAAGAAGAAAAACACAAGAACUCACUUGAUGCUCGGCUUUGACUUCCUGAGCGACAGACCAUUGCCAUUCCAAGAGAAUGUAUCCUAACUUUGUACAGUAUGCUGUUAUAGACCACAAAGAUGGUGUUUUACUUGUUCUUUCUCUUUUUAUUGUAGCUUUUUUCAUUGUCGUUUUUGCUUGUUUUUACGUUUAAAUGAUUUUUCUUUUUUUAGUGGUACAGCUGAGAACAAAAAUUUGAAGGUGCCUCAUAACAGUUGACAUAGUCUUAGAGUUCAAAAUGCAGCUUACACUCAGGUACAGUGUUAAUGUCGUGUGCGAGUGUGGCUGUGACCUCAGAGCUCAGCAACAAGUCUGUGAAUAUCCCGAAGACUGACAAGAGGCAACAGACUUGAAAGUUUAUCCUCCUCAAGGACAAUGAAGUUCCUUCCAGCAUUUGUUUCUUUUUUUCUUUUUUCCUUUUUUACUUUGCCAAAAAUGUAUUUGUAAAGCAUCUUUGUAAAUUCAAAGCACUUACUGUUUAGCACACUUGUGAAAAAAAAAAAAACAGAUUUGUCAGUUUUCACAGGCGAGGCUUACUACACCGCCUAUUCAGUAUUCAUACCAAGGCUUUGUGACCUUGCUUAUAGUGUCAGCUUUCCUUGUAAAACAUAGUAUAAGUUAACAGAACCUGCCUUUUCAAACCCAACACUGGGAGCUGCAGAGCAUCUCACAAGAGAUCUCUACUGAAACUGUAUUUACUCUUUAAAACCUGCUGAAGAUCUUGUUGGAAUAGCGUGUGCAGCGAUGACACUACUGCUUUGAGAACCUGGAGGCCGCAGCGCCUUCAGUUCCACUUCCCUGUUGAGGGGCAGGGGAAACUGAAAUUUUUUCUUUAUGGGAGAAUACUUUGAAUUUGACCACAUGCAGUGGUUGUAAUAUACCUGUUAAACUUGCAAAAAAAAAAAGAACAACCUAAAAACUAGAAGUCAGGUGUGCUCUUUAACACCCGUCAACCAAACAUGUCAACAGAGAAGGCUAAAGGAGAGCGUCUGUCACAAUAUUUGGAGUGUUUCUAGGCAUGGUUGCACAGUUUUCUGCUUUUCGAAAUGUUCCACAUUGAAGAACUAGAAAGCUUGAUGGGGACUUGCUUCCCCUCGAGUCGUGAGCCUGUCACCUGAUGGCACACUGUGCUUCCAACACUAACUUAACACGUCACCAAACUGUUAUUGUCCAACAUCUAUUUAUGGAAAACCGUGAAAUCAAUGUAAUUUAAUCUAUUUUACUAUAUUUAUAUAAUAUUGUAUGUAUGUAUAUAUAUAUGUAUAUAUAUCUACUGAGUUCAACUGUAUAUACGCUUUGUUUUAACUUUUUUUUUUUCUAAACAAUAAUGAAUUGGAGCUGUAGAACAAAAAUGAAAAACCCCAAGCUGGUGAAUUUGUGAUGUUGCUCUGAUACAGAGGAGCUUCUACUGUUCAUGUCCAUUAAGACUGACUGAAUUAUCCUACUGUGUUGAUUCUGUGAAAACUGUGUUACAUGUAGAAACCACGGAGAGCAGCAGUCUUGUUUCCUUUUUGGCCCCUGAACAAAAACCUGGACUAGCAAAAUGUUCUUUAGGCACAUCUUGGUUAGAGAGUACGUCAGCCAUCUCUUACCUCAGGAGCAAAGAGGGCUUUGCCCACCAGUGUUACACUCUUGUUUCAAUGAAACGCUAUGUAUAUCCUGUAAUUAAUGUCUGAUUAAAAUCAAAGAUAAUCUAUA